GAACAUUGCUAAACCGGGUUCACUAGACCGGGUCGCCCAAAGGGGUAGCCGGGUUGCCCAGCUACCCAUCCGCACCCAACACUAACUCCCUUCGAAGGAAGGAAUCAAUCAGUAAGCUAACGGAUGGAGUCAAAGUGGAGGAAUAUAUUGACUCUGCUUUACACGACUAUGAUAGUAAUACACGGAGUAAGAGCAUGGACUGGUGAAAUCCAUGGCAGAGUUGUUUGUGAUGUGUGCGCUGACUCUUCAAUUGGUCCUGAAGAUCAUGUUUUAGAAGGUGCUGAGGUUGCUGUUCUUUGUAUAACUAAAUCUGGGGAAGUUCUAAAUUAUCAGGCAUUCACAAACUCAAAGGGCAUUUACAGAGUAGCAGAGACAAUGCCAGAGAGUGAUCGUUGGGAUGCAUGCCUAGCAAGAUCCAUUAGCAGCUUCCAUGAACACUGCACACAUAUACGAGAUGGAAAAUCGGGUGUGAAGUUCAGCUAUAAUCAUCCUUCUGGACAUUCCUACACAGUCAGACCAUUCGUGUAUCGUCCAGCCAGUGUCCCAACAUUCUGCAUCUAGUAAAACUCUACACAUCCUAAGGGCUGUUCUUGAUCAUGUUGUUGUAUAACUUGGUUGCAGUGAUUUAAUUGGAAACUAAUUGCAAUCUGGCAAUAUCUGUUGUAAACUGUGUCUUGUGCAUACUCAGCAAUUUGGGAACCUCCUAACAAAUGCUAGUUCCUAAUUUUGGAGCUUCCAUUAGCUCGACUACAUUCGUACAAUUGCCAUAGCUUGGCACAAAAACAAUUGGUGUAAA